UAUAUUCCAACUUCCAAGCUCGUCAUGAAGUCCCCUGCUCUCGAUUCCUUCUAAAAUAUCAAGUAGAGCAUCCAGCAUCCCAGUAGUUUCAGCUUUAAUUCCAAGAAAAAGAAAACAACAAAUAAGCAAAUCAAACAAUUCAAUUUAGAAUUCAGGAGUACAUGUAACUAACUUGUAGCUUCGUUAAUUUACUGUCACUCCCCUUCGUGCCGUUUAUGCCGUUCGAGUUUCAGGGAGCUGCUACCCGCAGAAUCAGCGAUGGAAUUGCUCUUUUGCCACGAUGCUGCAUUCCAGAUUGAAAAAGACGUUUGCUUGGCCCUGAUUGAAACCCAACCCAACCCAAAGGCCCAAUCUGAGUUCAACACCAUGAAAAGUUUGAAAAUUUAGCAAUAAAUCCCCCAAAUCCUAUUCUCUCAAUCUCUUUCACUCUCAUAGUUUACCCAGCAGUUCUCCAUGGCCAAAAUUUUCAAUGUGACUGUCCAGUUCAGCUAGGCUUAAAGCUUGAUCCUUGAAUGUGACAAUCCACUGCUAAAUUGAAAUGCAUAUUGGCUUAGUGGCAAGUCUUGAAGAAUAAGAAGAGAAAGAAAUUAAGAAGAAUCAAGAAUGUAUUCAACAAGGCCUCGUUCAUUGUUAAAGAAAGACGUUAAUGCCCUUUCUGAGGCACCUUCUUCAGAGGGUCCAAAUUCAGGUUAUCUUGUUCUCCAAGAUGAAGCAGCACAAAGCUACGGUUUCUUUGGUUUGGUGAAGAACAGAAACAUCAGCCAUUUCCCUUUUCCUCAGAGCAAGAAUCUGACCGUCAAUACUAGAAGAGCAAAAGGAGAUCCAGGGUCCACAAGGGAUUACCACGAAGUUAUGUUCAUUCCAGUUCUUAAUCAGCCCUUGUCUUCCAACCGCUACUAUGUUAUAUGGAGGAAAGGAAAGCAUCAAGGGAAGGCAUGUACAAGCUCAAAGGAAGAGGAUAUGGGAACUUGUUUAUGCUGCAAUUUUGUGAAAUAUAUUGAACCAAGACCUUUGGACCCCUUCAACGAAUAUCAACAAUUUGAGAUAAUCAAAAAGAGUUCUGGUUUCCAUGCAAAGUCUGUUGCUCCUGAUGGGAUCCCUCCUUCAUUCUUAAGGACGAAAGGUUGGACUGUUGAAGCUUCUACACCCUGGAAUUACAAUUUGGAAGAAGCUCUUGGCCUAAAUCAAUUGUUGCGUGGUCAAUUACCGGCAUUCGAUUUCCCAUUGUCUAAUGAUAGUUCUGGUUCUGUGGUUAUUGGGAAGUGGUACUGUCCAUUUAUGUUUGUGAAGGAAGGAAUGAAUCUCAAGGACCAAAUGAAAAGAUCUGUGUUUUACACAUUGACUCUUGAGCAAAGUUGGGAGAAGAUUUUGUCAAUGAAGAAUAGUAGUGUUAUUGGUAAUGAAGGUAAUGAUGGGGUGUUAGUGGAUGUUGUUGUUGAAACAGAAUUUGCUAUGGUGGAUGGAAAAGAAGCUAACUGGGGUGAAGGGAAUGGUGUUAAUGGAGUGGUUUGGUUUAGUGUGGGAAGAGAGGUUAGAGUUAGAUUGAGUUCGGUUAUUGUGGAAAGAAUGAAAUGGGAGCAAGAAAGAGGUGGUUGGUUGGGUAGGAAUAGAAGGCACGAGAGGAUAAUUAAAAAGAAAUUAGAAGGGGGCAUUAAAUGGGAAAAUUUUGCGUGUUAUGUUCUUGUGGAAAGCUUUGUUUUGAAGAGAAUGGAUGGAAGCUUUGUGUUAACUUAUGGUUUCAGACACACUCAUCAAACUAUGUGUAAAUGGGAGUGAUGAUCACGUUGUGACUCAAUUCGUUUCUUAUGAACAUACUAGUUUGGAAAUUAUUUGAAUAUAAAAUUCAACUAAAUAAAAGAAAAGAGAGGUGCAGUGUGGGAUGUAAUCUUAAUGAUUCUUUGAUAAUUGCUUUCAAGUA